CAGUUUGGUCUUCAUGUAGGAUCUCAUUGUUUCUGAAUCUCUCCUGUGACAAAGGACAAGGGAGUGUGGAAUUUUUCAUCAUUUCAAGUUCCUUCUGCCUGUGAGUGUGGUGGAAGCACGGCAUAUCCUCAAGCCGCAGAUGUGAUUCUGCAACAUAAUCUCGCCUGAGGAAACCACCCGGAGCAGGAGGAGAAGAAGGACAACAUGGCUGCUCCUCAGGGUCAGUUGACCUUCAGUGAUGUGGCCAUAGAAUUCUCUCAGGAGGAGUGGGCGUGCCUGGACCCAGCUCAGCGGAAACUGUUCAGGGACGUGAUGUUGCAGAACUACAGGAACCUGGUAUUCCUGGGUCUUACUGUGUCUAAGCCAGACCUCACUUUUUUGGAGCAAAUGGAGGAGACCUGGGAGUUGGAGGAAGAAAAGACUGUAGUCAUCCACCCAGCUAUAUCUUCUCAAGCCACCCAGGACUUGUUGCCAAAGUCAGGCAUAGAAGAUUCAUUCCACGAAAUGUUCCAGAGUACGCAUAAUGAAGAGAGAAGUCUCCAGUGCAAUGAAUCUUGGAAAAACAUUAAACAAGAGUCAAAUUCUGAUAAACAUCAGACAACUCAGCUUCCACAGAGAAAUGAUAAGUGUCCGAAUGUCUUUGAUAAAAGCUCAAAUAUUGUUAUACCUCAGGAUAUUCAUGGUGUGGAGAUGACAGACAAAUGUAAUGAAUAUGCCAACUCUUUCGAUCAGUCAUUAAAUCUUACUGAACUUAAAAAUACUGAUAUUGGGGAGGCGCCUUUCAGGUGUAACCAGUGUGUGAGAGUCCUUAGUCAAUUAUCCAAUGUAUAUAUGCAUAAGAAAAUCCGUGCUAGAGAGAAGCCUUACAAAUGUAAAGAAUGUGAUAAGGUUUUUAAGUUGCAUUCCCAUGUUAUUGAACAGCAGACACUUCAUACUGGAGAGAAGCUUUAUAAAUGCAGAGAUUGUGGCAAAACCUUUAACAAGUGCUUAAAACUUAAUGAAUAUCAGAGGCUUCAUCCUGGAGAGAAGCCUUAUAAAUGCAGAGAAUGUGGCAAAGCCUACAAGUGGUAUUCGAGCCUUACCAGUCAUCAGAGAAUUCAUUCUGGAGAGAAGCCUUAUAAAUGUAGAGUAUGUGGCAAAACCUUUAACGUGUUUUCAAGCCUGAUUCGACAUCAGAGUAUUCAUACUGGAGAUAAGCCUUAUAAAUGUAGAGAAUGUGGCAAAGCCUUUAACUGGUAUUCAAGCCUUACUCGACAUCAGAAAAUUCAUACUGGAGAGAAACCUUAUGAAUGCAGAGAAUGUGGCAAAGCCUUUAACCGGUGUUCAGACCUGACUACUCAUCAGAGACUUCAUACUGGAGAGAAGCCUUAUAAAUGUGGAGAAUGUGACAAAGCCUUUAUCCGGAGUUCAAGCCUUACCCUUCAUCAGAGAAUUCAUACUGGAGAGAAGCCUUAUAAAUGUAGAGAAUGUGGCAAAGCCUUUACCAGGUGCUCAAAACUUACUGAACAUCAGAGAAUUCAUUCUGUAGGGAGGCCUUAUAAGUGUAGAGAAUGUGGCAGAACUUUUAAUGAUUGUACAAGCCUUAUGAAACAUGAGAGAAACCAUAGUAGAGAUAAGGCUUAUACAUGUGAAGAAUGUGGCAAAUCCUUUAACUGGUAUUCAAGCCUGACUCGACAUCAGAGAACUCACACAGGGGAGAAGCCUUAUAAAUGCAGAGAAUGUGACAAAGCCUUUUACCGGUGUUCAGACCUAACCAACCAUUAUAGAAUUCAUACUGGGGAGAAGCCUUAUAAAUGUGGAGAAUGUGGCAAAGCCUUUAACUGGUAUUCCAGCUUUACUCAACAUCAGAGAAUCCCUGGAAAGAAGUUUUAUAAAUGUAGAGAAUAUGCCAAGGCCUUUACCCAGUGAUCAGAACUUACUUAACUUCAGAGAUUUCACACUGGAGGAAGGCCUUAUAAAUGUAGAGAAUGUAGCAGACCCUUUAAGCACUGUUCAACUGUUAC